AUGUAUAAAGCGUAUGUGAGGCCGUGGGCAGAAAUAAUCUUAUCGGUUUGCGAGCGCGCAAGGCGAAGCGCGCAGCGUGGGCGGGCGGCGUGCGGCGCCCUCGACACUAGUGAGAUAGCGCAAAUAUCAACAAGCUCCGACUCUACAAUAAAACCUAAACGAUCCCGCGCUAUCUGUUCGUUCGCGUCUGUUAUUAUUGCCGGCUUACAUCGACGCAUUGUAAUUCUCGCGCCGCGCCGGUGUGCA